AGUGCAAAACUAUAAUAGAAACAAGCCGAGACGCUCCGCGAAUUUCGGAUAGUUGUGUAGAAACUAGGAUCAAAUAUCUUUGCGUGAUUGACUGCAACAGCAUUUUCUUACAUAAUUAGCCAACGAUAAUAAAACAAUAACGUAGACAACAUGUUACAAAUUGUUAGAAGAUUUCACGCCAGCCAGUAUUGUAGCACUCAACGUUGUUCGAAGCUGAUUGAUAGCGCUUUGAGGGUCGAUCAUGCCGGCGAGUUGGGAGCAAAUCAAAUUUACCGUGGACAGAUGGCAGUUCUUGGUCACACGAAGGUGGGAAAAACCAUUCAGCACAUGUGGGAGCAGGAAAAAGCGCACAAGGAAGAGUUCGAUCGCUUGAUAAUAAAAUAUCGUGCCCGUCCGACCGCACUGUUACCAUUCUGGAAUGUGGCCGGCUUUGCGUUGGGAGCCGGAACGGCCCUGCUUGGCGAAAAAGCGGCAAUGGCAUGCACGGUGGCGGUCGAGUCGGUUAUUGUUGAGCACUACAACGAUCAGCUGCGCAGGCUGAUGGACGAUCCGCAGUUCACCGACCGCGAGCUAUUGCAGACGAUACAACGGUUCCGGGAUGAGGAGCAAGAGCACCACGAUACGGGGUUGGAGCACGGUGCAAAGCAGGCACCAUUCUAUGAAGCCCUAACAGAAGUUAUUAAACUUGGCUGUCGAACGGCGAUCAAAAUAGCGGAACGUGUCUAAAGUGAUGGGAAAUCGGUCAUUCACGGUAUAGCGGAAAAUCGACAAAACUACUGGUUGCUGCUUACUUUAUAAUGUGAAUUAAAGAAGUACAGUAACCCUGCAGAAGUACUUAAACAGAGCAUGGUGUAUCAAUUCUACGUAAUUGUGCGUGUUCGAUUCUAUUCCUAAUCGUUACAUUUCUUAUUUUUACCGUUACUUCUAUAUAUUUCUUAUCGUUACUUCUAUUUAAAGUCUAACUUACCUAACAUGUAUUGUUCAGUUUUUAGCGGAUGGUUCACAGUUUACACACUUUCGGUCCGAUUUUCAUCAA